GUCACUAAUUUUCGCGGGAAUAAUUCGAAAAGUGGAUUUUGUGCAGUGGGACGAGUGCCGCCUGCGCGUGAGGACCAGAGGGAUAGCAUAAAUAAUUGAAUAACCACUGAUUAUCUACUGGUUUUACAUUCAGAAGAAACAAUGGAAUGCCAAGAAUUUAUUGUCCUAUAUACUCAUCAAAAGAUGAAGAAGUCAAAGGUGUGGCAAGAUGGAAUUCUGAAGAUCUCUCACUUAAAAAACAAAGCAAUUUUAUAUGAUGACAAAGGAACAUGUUUGGACAGUUUAUUUCUUAAGUGCCUUGAGGUGAAACCUGGAGAUGACCUAGAAAGUGAUCGAUACUUAAUCACAGUUGAGGAGGUUAAAGUUUCUGGAAGCAAAGCUAUUAAAGAGGAUGUUGUUAAAGAAACACCAGAGUUAAAUUCAAGAAGGUUUAUAUCCUCUGGCAGGUCUCUUGGAUGUCAGCCUGCUGGUUUAAAACGGAAAUUUACUGGUUUUCAAGUACCACGUCAGGUUCCCAAGAAAAUGGUUAUUACAGAAAAUGAAGAGUCACCAGUGUUACCUGAGACUAAGAGACCUGAUCCUCUUUUUGUACUUCCAUCUUACAGCGCACCACCUUUGUUUUCUUCUGUUGGCAAGAAAGAUAUAAACACUAUGCCAACAAACCUUGAGAACACUGUCCCUUAUAAGAACACAGAGAGAAAUGGCAUUUCCUCAGUUGACUCCGCUCCAUUCUUUAAGAUGAACACAGAAAUGCCAUGUGAAGAAAAUUAUUUUUGCUCUGAAAGUAAGCAUUCAGCCUCUUCACUCACCAGUGAGCCCAUGAAAAGAGAUAGUUUGACAUCUCACUGUUCAGGAGUUUCACAAACCAUCAGAAGCAAAGCGCAGAUACUAGCUCUUCUGAAGUCCAAGUCUACUAGUAGGUAUAAAGAACUCAAUUCUGAGGCUACAGAACAUUUUCCUCAGGUACAGCCACAAGGAUGUUUACAAGUUCCUGCUAAACCGAAGAGCUUAAUUAUGCAGGAAGAGUAUGCUGAGAUGAAGAAGAGCAAAGGAAGUUUAGACCCCCAGCACCAAUUAGAAAAUGCUAUGAGAAAUGAAAGUCGAUGGGCUAUGUAUUUGUCUGUACAGAAUUCACCUGUACAUUCUUCUGUGAUGGAUGGAAAUUAUAUAGAAAGGAAACCCAAGGCUCAGGAAGAUGAUAGAAAUUUGGAUGUGAAAGACCCUUUGGUACAAAAAGAAGUAAAAUUCUUUGAGACAUAUACUGAAAAGAGUAAAAAGCAUGAUGAAGAUAAGACAGGAACAAAUAAUGAUCAAUCCUGGAAUCAGGAAGUAAAAUUUGAAAUUCCUUCAUUCUGUGAAAGCAGCAGCUUACCAGUUACUUGUAGCAGAGCAGAAAAUGAUGAUUUAUUAUCUGAAUUUGACAUUCUAGAAGCUAAUAAAAUGCCUGUUAAUCAGAAUAACAAGGUAUACAUCAAAGAAUCUAUUCGUGUUACAGAAAAUUCUCAGGUGGUUAAUGCCUAUGGGACACCAGAAAAAGAGUUUAAACAACCAGUUUUGUCUCUGUCCGAAUCAGAACAUCCACAAAUUGAAUCUUCUCUUACUAGCAAUCCUAGGAUCUCUGAUGACAUUACAGACAUGUUUUCUAAAAGUCAUACUGACAGCGAAGAUCUUAAUAGUAUGCAUGAAUCUAUAGAUAAUGUAACACAACCAUUUCUGGAGAUAACUUUUAAUCUGAACCAUUUUGAGGCCAGUGACACUGAGGAUGAAUCACAAGAAAGUGACAAAACUUCCCAGAAUUCAGAAAAUGGAAUAAAAGAAAUUUUGGAUAAUGAUAGUAAUUCAUGUGUUCAGAAAAGAUGUAAGGAUAUAAGCCAUCAGGAUACAGGUAGUGAACAUUUGCCAUUUUUAACAUCUAUUAGUGGCAAACCUACAGAAACAUUGCCUAUUAAAGAGAUUCUGCCAUCACAGUUUUGUGAUAAAACUUGUGUGGGUUUUGACAUAGGACCUUGCAAAGCUGAAAAUAAUGGGGAAAAAAUAGAGGAAGAGUACCGUGACAUAGUAAGCAAUUUUGACCCAUCUUUAGAGUGGACUGAUGGUGUUUAUUUUAAAGAAGAUGCUAAUAAAUAUCUCCAAAAAGUCAGAAUUAGCUAUGAUUUCCCUUCACUGCCAAAUAAAUCUAAAGAUCCAAAUAUAAUCACUAAUCAGACUCCUGAAAACAAUAGUUCAUUUUCAGAAGGUGUCCAGCCUCAACCUUCUAUAUUAGGAAGUGACUUAGACAAAAAUGAUCAGGUUUUACCAUCAACCUCUAGCAAUGACAAUAUGCAACUAUUAUAUACCAAUCAGAAACACUCUGGAAGUACUGAGCUUGAUAAAGCAAAUACUCCAGAUUCCAAUUCUUUAUUUUACCCUCUAGAUAAAAAGCAUCCUGUUUCCACAGGCACCAAAGUAUAUAUUCCUGAAUCUGAAGAUUUGGGAAAGUUUAGAAAUUUACCAAAUGAUCACAAUGAAGUCAAAACUGCCAAACAGAGCAAACAAUACUGGAAUAAUCCUAGAAAUUCUUCAGAACUUUCUGGAUUAGGAAAUAACUUUUUGCUUUUAAGGUCACUGUCUGAACACAGUACAGCUUUAGACAGCUUGGAAAUACUGAAAAAGAAAAAUACUGUCCUUCAACAGCAAGAAACUCAGCAGACACAGGAGCCAGAUUGCUGUCCUGAAGCUAGGAAACCAUUUAUUACAGUAAUUCCACAAUCUGUUCCCAGAUCUCCUCAUUGGAACCAGGAUUCUCAACAAAUACUAAAAGAAAAUGAAGUUGAACCAAAUGAACCACUUCAGUCUUUGCCAUUCUUUUCCUUGGGAAGUGAAGAAGAGAAUGGUUUUCUAGCUGAUAUUCCUAAACAAAUAGAGAGAAAAACCUGUGAUGCUAAGCCUGUUGAAGAGUACCGGGUGAAAGGAUCAGCUACUGGUGGUAUAAUGACCAGAGGCUACAUCUCACAGCUAGGAAGCAGUCAGUUUCCAGGUAGCACUGAGUAUGAAAACUUCAUGACAAACUCUUGUUUUUUGACUCCAAAGUUGCCUAGCACUUGUAUACAGACAGACUUCUUUCAGUUCCCAGAUAAAGAAAACUUUCCAAAAGAAGAUACUGUCUUUAAUAUUGAAGGCAAUUUUCAAGUGUUAGCUGAGUGUGAUAAGAACUCAAUUGAAAAUAAUUGUUUCCUUCCAAAAGAUUCAGAACAUUCAUAUAAUUAUUUGGAUUAUAAUUUUAAAUCAGCAGAGAAGACUCUGUGGGAAGCAAAUAAGGUGACAUCAUCAGAGCAAACAUUGAACCCUGUUUCUACUUUCUCACUGAACUCAAGAGAUGGAGAUUUGAUGCUAGGAUUCUCUAAGGAGUCCUUGAAAGCAAGAACUUUACAUGGAACAAAAAAGUCCAGUCCUCUGGAAAGUAAGAGCAUUCAAAGGCUUCCAUUAGUAAGUAGAAUCCGAGUUCCACUUAUUACUUUGCCGUCUGCUGAUGGGCCACCUGACUUAGAUUCGUGUUCCUAUGUAAUUGAUUGUGACACACAAGAAUCUUCUGAUUCCCCUUUUUUCAACUUGUAUGAAGAGUCAGCAGUUCCUUGUAGCUUUGGGCCUGGGAACCAAAGUGAAACUUCUUUCUCUGAAGAAUCUAGGAAAGUGACUCCAUGGGAUGUUUUACUUCCUGAUAAUAAACCUACUCAAAGCAAGUGGCUGAAAUAUCAAAACACAUCCCAGUGCAACUUGACUAUUCCAGACAGAGUGGAUCAGAAAGUAACGAAUUGCUACUUUGCUGAGGCAGUUUCUGGGCUGCAUGUUAGUGACACAGGUGAAAGGCAUAGUGAUGCUACGAAUGACAUCUCGUUAGACUCUUUGCAUUUGCAAAUGAUGAAAGGCAUGCUGUAUCAGCAGCAGGAUUUUAGCAGUCAAGAUUUGGUUUCCAGAAAGACAGCACUGUCUUUGAGUUUAAAGCAAACUUCCAGGACUGAGGAAAUUCAACCUGUGUUAGGAGGGUCAGCCUGCUUCAACUACAGUGUUAAGGAUUUACAGGAGAUAAAUGACUCUGAGCUGUGCUUCCCAAGUGGCCAGAAAAUGAAAUCUGCUUAUCUUCCCCAAAGGCAAAUUCACAUACCAGCUAUUUUUCAGUCUCCUGCUCAUUAUAAGCAGAUUUUUACAUCUUCUAUCAUAGAACAUCUAAAUAUAUUGCUAUUUGAGUUGGCAUAUAGGUUGCACAAAGCUCUUUCAAAAGUUAACAUAUCAUUUUAUACAUCAUCAAAUGGAGAGAAACUGAAAAACUUGGAAAAUAAUGUACCAUCCUGCCAUCAUAAUCAACCUGCAAAACUUGUUAUGGUUAAAAAAGAAGGUCCAAAUAAGGGUCGACUCUUUUAUACAUGUGAUGGACCCAAAGCUAAUCAGUGUAAAUUUUUCAAGUGGCUUGAGGAAGGGACUCCAGGAUUUUCAUCACAGAAAGAAUCUCAAUCUGGCUUGGUUUUAAGUGAUAUGAAGAAUAUUGGCUUAUACUUAAGAAGUCAAAAGAUACCACUGUAUGAGGAAUGUCAACUUUUGGUGAGAAAAGGAUUUGAUUUUCAGAGAAAGCAUGGGAAACUAAAGAAGUUUGCUGUAAAUCCUGAGUUUCACAGUGAAUCAAAAAGCAGAAUUUAUCUUAAGCUGAGUAGGAAAGAAUGUUCUUCAAUGUAUAGCAAAGAUGACCUUUGGGUAGUUUCAAAAACUCUCGACUUUGAGCUGGAUACCUUCAUUGCAUGUAGUGCUUUCUUUGGACCAUCAUCUCUCAAUGAGGUUGAGCUACUGCCUUUGAAAGGCUAUUUCCCUUCUAAUUGGCCCACUAACAUUAUGGUCCAUGCAUUAUUGGUCUGUAAUGCUAGCACUGAGCUGACCACUUUGAAAAACAUUCAAGACUACUUUAAUCCAGCUACUCUACCUCUAACACAGUACCUGUUAACAAUGUCUCCAUCAACCACACUUAGCAACAAGAGAGUCAGUAAGAGAAAAUUUAUCCCACCAGCAUUUGCACAUGUCAACACAAAAUUUGAACUACUCAGCCAAGGAGCAACAUUGCAGUUAGCUAAUGAGUUAAUUCAGGUACACAAGUUAAAUGAGGAUCAAGCAACAGCUCUAAUUCAAAUAGCCCAGAUGAUGGCUUCCCAUGAAAGUCUUGAAGAAGUGAAGGAACUGAAGAACCAUAUCCUUCCUAUCACAAUUAUACAUGGUGUUUUUGGAGCAGGCAAGAGUUAUUUGCUGGCAGUGGUAAUUUUGUUCUUUGUACAGCUGUUUGAAAAGAGUGAAACUUCUACAGUUGGAAAUGCAAGACCAUGGAAACUUUUGAUUUCUUCUUCUACUAAUGUAGCAGUUGACAGAGUACUUCUUGAGCUUCUCAGUCUUGGAUUUGAAAAGUUUGUCAGAGUUGGGAGUAUUCGAAAGAUUGCCAAGCCAAUUUUACCUUAUAGCUUGCAUGCUGGCUCAGAAAAUGAAAGUGAGCAAUUAAAAGAACUACAUGCACUAAUCAAAGAAGACUUGACUCCCAUGGAGAAAAUCUAUGUGAGAAAAAGUAUUGAGCAGCAUAAAUUGGGGACCAACAGAACCCUGCUGAAGCAGGUUCGAGUAGUUGGAGUUACCUGUGCAGCCUGCCCAUUCCCAUGCAUGAAUGAUCUUAAAUUUCCUGUUGUCAUGCUUGAUGAGUGUAGUCAAAUUACUGAACCGGCUUCUCUCCUUCCCAUUGCAAGGUUUGAGUGUGAAAAGCUGAUUCUUGUUGGAGACCCCAAACAGCUGCCUCCUACUAUUCAGGGUUCUGAGGCAGCUCAUGCAAAUGGAUUGGAACAAACUCUUUUUGAUCGACUUUGCUUAAUGGGUCACAAACCCAUUUUGUUGAGAACCCAAUACCGCUGUCACCCUGCCAUCAGUGCUAUCGCUAAUGAUCUGUUCUAUGAAGGAAAGCUUAUGAAUGGUAUUUCAGAAACAGACAGGAGCCCUUUACUGGAAUGGCUGCCAACCCUGUGUUUCUAUAAUGUUAAAGGGCUGGAACAGAUUGAAAGAGGUAACAGCUUUCAUAAUGCGGCAGAAGCUGGUUUUACACUCAAGCUGAUUCAAUCACUGAUUGCAAGUGGAAUAGUGGGCUCUAUGAUUGGGGUGAUAACAUUAUACAAAUCCCAGAUGUACAAGCUGUGUCAUUUACUCAGUACAGUGGAUUUUAACGAUCCUGACAUUAAAGCGGUGCAGGUGUCCACAGUGGAUGCUUUUCAGGGAGCUGAAAAGGAGAUCAUUAUUCUGUCCUGCGUAAGGACAAAACAAGUAGGAUUCAUUGAUUCAGAGAAACGAAUGAACGUUGCAUUGACCAGAGGAAGAAGGCAUUUGUUGAUUGUGGGAAACUUAGCUUGUCUGAGGAAAAAUCAAUUAUGGAGACGUGUGAUCCAACACUGUGAAGGAAGGAAAGAUGGAUUGCAACAUGCCAGCCAGUGUGAACCACAGCUGAACCAUCUUCUUAAAGAUUAUUUUGAAAAACAAGCAGAAGAAAAACAGAAGAGAAAGAGUGAAAAAGAGAAAUCUCAAUCAUGAAAAGACAUGGUAUAGAUAUUUUGUAUUUAUAUAAAUUCAGAUUCAUGUUAUACUAUAUAUUUUUAUA